GUGUCGUCACAUCCUGUACAGAAAAAAUGGCGACCAGCAACAACAAUAAAAGCUCAGUUAAAUGGAGACUGAUCAGUAUUUUUACAGCCUAAUAAUGGAUUUGUGGUGACAAAACAUUGUUUUAUGUGCGGCAAAUAACGACCAAGUUCCUCGUGGGCGUUCCAAACUGGUUGCAACCAUGAGUAGUCGAAGAAAGAAGGCCCCCCCAGUGAAGGUGGACGAGGAGGCGAAACAAAGGUUGAGCUGGAAUAUGUUGGACGAUCAGCAAAAUGAGGACAUUCAGGUGAUGCCAUCUUGCUCAUCCCUUCCUGCUCACCAAUCUGUGGACAUCUUGAACACCUCGCCGCUUACGACCACUCCCGAGGAACUCCCCGCAACAUCAUCAGACUCUGUCUCCUCCCUGGCACUCACCGUGCUGCCCGUCGUCCAACUCGCCAACAUCUGGAAAGCGCUCGUCGGGGAAUUUCGUGUCCGACCGGCGCGGCUACCGUUGGACUUUCGACACGAGGCGUUUGCAAUUCGCAAGAUGGUGGAUCGGCUUUGCGUCAGCUUUAAGGGGAGCGACGAGCCUGAAGAGGAUGGCGACACCUGCGAUGCAGAGUGCAGCCUUGCUUCCGUCCUGCUGGAGGACCUGGAUUGGCUCCAGAAGAGACGGGUGCUACAGCUCUGCCACCAAAUUGAAGAGGACUCCUUUAAGGUCGGGAUUUACCUGCUGGAAAGUGGCCUCGGUAAGCCGGAGUUUCUCAGUGAAGGAAACGCUCGCAUGAAGAAAUCCAAUCAGCUCAUGCAGAAGAUGAUGGAAUUUUUUUACGACUUCAUCAUUCCUGAAGUGGUGGACAACGAGGAGGAGGAAUGCGACACAGACUUGGAGCGGCAGAACGUGGAGGAACUUUACGACUACGUCAGAUGCGUGCAUCAAACCGACGGCCGACGGGAAGGGACCUCUGAUGUCCAGCACCAAGCUCUGCUCCCGGUGCUCCGUCCCUAUCAGAGCCAGGCCGUCAACUGGAUGCUGAUGCGGGAGAAAAUCCGGAAUACGGCCCUGAAAGAUCAAUCCUUGCAUUUCCUGUGGCGGGAGUUGGUCACGUUGUGCGGAAAGAAAUUGUUCUACAAUCCUUUUACCGGCUGUUUAAUCCGCGAGUUUCCCCUCGCCGGCGUGGAGCGGCCAGGCGGCAUCCUCGCUGACGAGAUGGGCCUCGGCAAGACGGUGGAGGUCCUGGCUCUGAUUCUGUCUCACGGUCGACAGGACCUGGAGCAGGAGGCCCUCACCCUGCCUGUGGGAACGUCUGUGAAUUAUUUUGUCCCCCCGCCUCCGCUUGAGCACGAGAAAGUUGUCCGCUGCAAGCCCGAAGUGCAGCCCAAAAUAAAAAUAUCUCACCCGGCUGUCCGCGUGAUGCUCCUCACCGCCAUCAAGGAAAUGCGAUCGGGCAAGGGGGCUUCCGUCAACGCCGUGUUUACAUUCAUUCGCGCCACCUACGGCUACGACCUCCUGAAGAACCGAAGUCACAUCAAGAAGACGUUGGCCAAGCUGACGGACGAGGGCCUGGUGGAGAGGGUGAAGGGUCGCGGCCUGGCAGGCUCCUUCCGCUUGGGAAAGAAAUACAAAGACGCCAAGAAGACGCUCGCGGCACUGCCCAAAUCUAAUGUAAAAUACUCUGAGAGCUCGCCCAGGAAGACAUUCCAGAGACGUGCGAAGGAGAAAGCCGAGGUGGCUCUCCAAACCUCCCAGAGUGACGAUGGAGAGCCCACGCCAGAAGGAGCAUCCCGCUCCAGUGAGGAGCCGGAACCCCCCGUCCGGGCGUCGGUGGUACCCUUCAGCGCGGCCGACUACCGCUUCGAGUGCAUCUGCGGCGAGCUGGGCCUGGUGGACUACAAGGCCCGCGUGCAGUGCAUGAAGUGCCAGCUGUGGCAGCACGCCUGCUGUGUCAACUACAAGGAGGAGAGCCUGGACACCACGCCGUUCUACUGCCCCCACUGCCUGGUGGCCAUGACGCCCGUCUCCACCGGGGCCACCCUCAUCAUCUCGCCCAGCUCCAUCUGCCACCAGUGGGUGGACGAGAUCAACCGGCACGUCAGGUCGGCCUCGCUGCGGGUGCUGGUGUACCAAGGUGUGAAGAAGCACGGCUUCAUCCAGCCGCGUUUGCUGGCCGAGCAGGACGUGGUCAUCACCACCUACGACGUGCUGCGCUCGGAGCUCAACUACGUGGACAUCCCGCACAGCAACAGUCGCGACGGGCGCCGCUUCCGCAACCAGAAGCGCUACAUGGCCGUGCCCAGCCCCCUGGUGGCCGUGGAGUGGUGGCGCGUGUGUCUGGACGAGGCGCAGAUGGUGGAGUGUCCCACCGCCAAAGCGGCCGAGAUGGCGCUACGCCUCGCUUCGGUCAACCGAUGGUGCGUCAGCGGCACGCCGGUGCAGAGAGGCUUGGAGGACCUUUACGGCCUGGUUCUCUUUUUGGGCGUGGAUCCAUACUGGGUGAAGCACUGGUGGGACCAGUUGCUCUACAGGCCGUAUCGCCGCGGCAACACGGAGCCUCUCUACAGCGUGGUGGCCCAGCUGCUGUGGCGCUCGGCGAAGAAGGACGUCAUCGAUCAGAUCCAGAUCCCUCCUCAGACGGAGGAGGUGCACUGGCUGCGGUUCUCCCCGGUGGAGGGCCACUUCUACCACCGACAGCACGAGGUGUGCUCGCAGGACGCCCUGCUCAAGCUGCGCAAGCUCUCCGACUGGAGCCUGAAACUGGGCAGUCUGGACCGCCGCACCGUGGCCACCAUCCUGUGCCCGCUGCUGCGGCUACGCCAGGCCUGCUGCCAUCCACAGGCAGUUCGAGGCGAGUUCCUGCCCCUGCAGAAGAGCACCAUGACAAUGGAGGAGCUCCUCAAGUCCCUGCAGAAGAAAUGUCGAGUGGAGUGCGAAGAGGCCCACAGACAAUUGGUGUGCGCUCUCAACGGUCUGGCCGGAAUCCACAUCAUCCGAGAUGAGUUUGAGCAGGCGGCCGAGAUGUACCGAGAAGUGCUGCGCUCAUCAGAGGAGCACAAAGGCCGACUGAAAACGGAUUCAUUGCAGAGACUUCACGCGACUCACAAUCUGAUGGAGCUGCUAAGUGCAAAGCAUCCCGGGAUUCCUCCCACUCUGCGAGACGACCGCCUCAGCGAGGAGGCUGAGCAACUGCGUCAACACUACAUGACCAAGUACGACUCUGAGGUGGCCGACGCCCACCAAGCCCUGCAGCCCGUCUUGCAGAACAUCAAAGAGCUGAAGCGCAAAGUCAACCUGAAGUCUCCCUGGUGGCUGGACGUCAUCCAGCGGGCGGUCCGUUGCGCCACCGACGACGACCUGGUGGGCCGCGUCAAGAACGAGCUGACGUCCGGCUACAAGCAGCAAGCUCACAAGCUCUCCAUGGCUGACAAGUUCCGUGAUGGCCGCGGUCUGCUGUUCCUGCUCACAACGCAGAUGGAAGACCUGAUGAAGUCCCAGAAAAUCGUCAGGGAGGCUGUGAAGAGCCUGGAGGGUCCGGCAUCCAAGAAGGUGAUUGACGAGGCCACCGUCUGCCACCUCAGGCCCAUGCGACUGCCGCUUAAUAAUUGUGUGUUUUGCAAAGCCGACGAGCUUUUCACCGACUACGAAUCCAAACUCUUCUCGCACACGGUGAAAGGCCAGACGGCCAUCUUUGAGGAGAUGAUCGAAGACGAGGAAGGUUUGAUGGACGACCGCCUGCCCACCACCAGCCGAGGCCUGUGGGCCGCCAGUGAGACGGAACGCACCCUCAAGGCCAUCCUGGCUUUCGCCAAGGUCAAGCGCGUGGACGCCGAGCUGGUGGAGCAGGGCAACGCCUUCAUGGAGCUCUUUGAGACUUGGAAGAAGGAGUACAAGGUGCUGCACGAGUACUGGAUGGUUCUGCGGAAUCACGUGUCGGCCAUCGACGAGUUGGGGAUGGCCACCGAGAGGCUCCGCCUGCGUCUCCCGGACGAGCCAAAGCCGAAAGUGCUGCACAUCAUCGAGCCGCACGAGGUGGAGCAGAACCGAGUGAAGCUUCUCAACGACCAAGCUGUGGCCAAGUCUCAGCUGCAAAAGAAGCUGGGACAGUUUUUAUACCUGACAAACCUGGAGAAGUCCCAGGACAAGUCCACUGGCGGCCUGAACCCGGAACCCUGUCCCAUUUGCGCCCGGCCGCUCGGACAGGAGUGGGCGGUGCUGACCUGCGGCCACUGUUUCUGCAACCAGUGCAUCGCCAUCAUCCUCGAGCAGUACAGCGUGGGCUCGCGCCGGCGCGCCAUCAACUGCGCCAUCUGCAGACAGGCCACGUCCCACGCCGAAAUCUCCUACGUGUUCACCGCGCAGGCGUCCAGCCACGACCAGGACAUCCCAGUCAAGGGGAGCCACUCGACCAAGGUGGAGGCGGUGGUGAGAACCCUGAAGAAGGUUCAAGUGAGCGACCCGGGCGCCAAGUGUUUGGUCUUCUCUACGUGGCAGAGUGUCCUCGACAUCAUCGCCAAAGCUCUCUUUGACAACAGCAUGGAGUUCUCGCAAAUCAACGGGAUCCAAAAAUUCCAGGAGAACCUGAGCUCGUUCAAGUACGAGAAGAAGAUCAACAUCCUGCUGCUUCCUUUGCACACGGGCUCCAACGGGCUGAACAUCAUCGAGGCCACGCACGUCUUGCUGGUGGAGCCCAUCCUCAACCCCGCCCACGAGCUGCAGGCCAUCGGACGCGUCCACCGCAUCGGACAAACCAAGCCGACGUUCGUGCACCGCUUCCUCAUCAAGUCCACCAUCGAGGAGAGGAUGCAGGCCAUGCUUAAAAUGGCGGAUAAGAGUCACAGCAGAGCCGCCAUGAAGCACUCGGAGGCCGCCGUCCUCACCGUGGCCGACCUGGCAGAGCUGUUUUCCGAAGACGACGGUCAACAUCUGCAGUGAAGACGAUGCACUACUCUUUCUGUCCUGUAGGGGGCAGUGAGGGACACUUAAUUUGAGCACAUUCCCACUUUUUCUUCAAAAAAGAAAAGAACUUUGACGUCGAUGCACGUCGGAAGACACGAGCGUACGUUUGACUUGUAUUGAGUCUUUCAUGGCUGUGCUGUUUUUCCACAACUUCCAGGAAAUAAAAGGCAGUUGGGACGACUCGUAAAGUCACAGGCGAGGAAGGAGGCCUUUUGGUGUCAUUACAAAAAAAAAUGAGAGCAGGUUCCCUCUUUUAUUUCUUUAUCUUCUCUCUCUGAAGCUGCUGUUGUGUUACGUGUGGUGGCGAGACAAGGACAUUUCUACAUUCCGUCUCUUGGAAACCAAUCUUGUAAAUUCAAACUUGUAAAAAAAAAAAAAGGGGAGGAGGGGAGAUUUUGCAUGCUUUUUUUUUUUUUUUUUAACAUUUCUGUAUUAUUUCAACCCAUGUUGUGCACCUGCAAAAAAAUAUAUAUUUUUCCCCAUUUUG